AUGUUAGAAGUGAAGGAAUUUUCACUCAUUGAAGCAUUCAAAACGAGGCAAUCAAUUAGAACAUAUACUGGAAGUGUAACUAGUGAUGUUCAUGAGAAAAUUGCACAAAUUGUUCAAGAAGCAAAUAAAGUGAAAGGCCCUUUUGGAACGUUUGCGAGUAUUGACAUCACAGGUGCUGGAGUUGGUCGUAUUGGCUUCAUUUCUAAUGAGGCUGGGUGGAUUGUUCUUAAAAUCCCUUUAGAAAAAAAUGGAGCGCCAGAUUAUGUUAAUUUCUGCAUUGAUGCUGCAUUUAAAGCUAAUAUUGCAGUAAUGAAACUCACUCAGAUUGGAAUUGGCACAUGUUGGGUUGGUGGAACGUAUUCACAAAAAGAAUGCGAAAGGCGAUUCCCAGGAUUUAAAAUUCCAUGUGUCGUUUCUUUUGGUUUUGACCACGAACGACGAAGUAUGAUGGAUAAACUCAUUAACCUUGUCAAGUCCAGUGGAAGAUAUGAUUUCUCCGUCAUAUACUUCAAUGAAAUUACUCAAGCACCACUUCAAAAUGCUGAUAAUAAUAAGCUCAACGAAAUCCUUGAAUGUGUUAGAUGGAGUCCAUCAGCUGUGAAUAGACAAUCAUGGAGAAUGAAUGUCAACAUUCCAGAAAGAAAAUUCAAGGUAUUUGAUUACUACAAUCUCUCAAACAGCUACUCAAUGUUUGAUAUAGGCAUUUUUAUUUCAGGUAUAUAUUUGUUAACAGAAGGAAAGUGCAGAUUUGAUGUAAGCCCUUCAGAUGAAAAAUUUCACACCGGUGGAAAAUAUGUUUGCACGAUUUAUGUUGAAGAAGGCGUAUUUUGA